UUCCCGGACCGGGGCACGAACCCGUGUCCCCUGCAUCAGCAGGCGGACUCCCAAACACUGCGCCACCAGGGAAGCCCUGUACUUUUUAUAUGUAGAGUGUGAAUGCUAUGCAUGGGAACGCCCUAAUUAUUUGGUACUCUGGAAUUUUGUUACACAACAAAAGAAAUCUUAAAAAGUGACAUCAUUUGGAAUUCAGAAAUUGUAUUUACACUGAAAUGUUUAUUACAGUGAAAUAUAGCAGAAAGGCUUGUAAGUUAUAGAACAACAUUAGAAGCUUAUGUGUCGUCUGAAGUUUUCCACCAAGUUUAUGAAGACGGUGGAGGGAUAUUUCUACCACAAAAAAGUAACAUUAAUUUUUACAAAUAAUAUUAGAAACUAAGUAUUUUCUAUGCAAUAUACUCCUAUGCUGGGAAUUCCAGAUCUUUAUGUCAAAGGUCCUGGAAAAUCUAUUGAGGGUAUCAUGUCAAAACUCAAAGUUGUCAAGUAUUACUAAUGAUACCUCUACUGUGUCCUUAUACAGAAAUGGUGUUAGUUUGAAUCUAGAGCCCAGAAAUAGACCUAAACAUACAUGGGUAUUUGAUUUUGAUGAACAAAGUCAACCAAGGGGAAAGGAAUGAGUGCAUAUCCAUAUAGGUAUGCAUACCUAACACCGUAGUAAAAUUAACAUGAGCUGGAUCCUAAAUAUAAAUGGAAAAGCCACAACUAUAAAACGUCUACGAGAAAACAUAGGAGAAUAUUUUAUGACUUGAGAUUAUGCAAAGGUUUCUUUGACAGACUCUAGCAAUAACUAUAAAAGAGUAAUAAAUUUAAAAUGUCUCUUCAGCAAAAGAUGAUAUACAGAAAAUGAAUUAACAACCUACAGACUGUCAGAAAAUAGUCAUAAAACAUAUAUCUAACAAAGUACUGGCAUCUAAUAUAUAUACGAAAGAUUCUGGAAAGAUAUACCAAACAAUCCAAUUAAAAAAUGAGCGGAAGAGUUCUCAGAGCUCCUGGUACGAGCUUCUUCCCUUGGGUGGAUUCUUGGCUUUUCUCCCAGCAUGGCCCCCGAACACCAGUCUUCACUUCCACCCCAAGCAAAGAACCCGAAGAAACCGAGAAGGACUCCUGCCUGCAGGCCAGAGGAAACGUCUGCUUCUCCGAACUUGCCGAAGGAAGAAAAAGAACAGCAAGAAGCAAUUGAACACAUUGAUGACGUACAAAAUGAAAUAGACAGACUUAACGAACAAGCCAGUGAGGAGAUUUUGAAAGUAGAACAGAAAUAUAACAAACUCCGCCAACCAUUUUUUCAGAAGAGGUCGGAAUUGUUCACCAAAACCCCACAUUUUUGGGUAACAACAUUUGUUAACCAUCCACAAGUGUCUGCACUGCUUGAGGAGGAGGACGAAGAGGCGCUGCAUUAUUUGACAAGAGUCGAAGUGACAGAAUUUGAAGAUAUUAAAUCAGGUUACAGAAUAGAUGUUUAUUUUGAUGAAAACCCUUACUCUGAAAAUAAAGUUCUCUCCAAAGAAUUUCAUCUGAAUGAGAGUGGUGAUCCAUCUUCAAAGUCCACUGAAAUCAAAUGGAAAUCCGGAAAGGAUGUGACAAAACGUUCAAGUGAAACUCAGAAUAAAGCCAGCAGGAAGAGACAGCAUGAGGACCCAGAAAGCUUCUUCACCUGCUUUACUGGUCAUUCUGAUGCAGGUGCAGAUGAGUUAGGAGAGGUCAUCAAAGAUGAUAUUUGGCCAAAUCCAUAACAGUACUACUUGGUUCUGGACACGGAUGAUGAGGAAAGGGAAGGAGAAGAAGAUGAUGAUGAUGAUGAAGAGGAAGAAGGAUUGGAAGAUAUUGAUGAAGAAGGGGAUGAGGCUGAAGGUGAAGAAGAUGAAGAUGAUGAUGAGGGGGAGGGAGGAGAGGAAGAUGAAGGAGAAGAUGACUAAUGGAACACUGAUGGAUUCCCACCUUCCUCUGUUAAUUUUCUCCAGUCCCUGGGAGCAAGUUGCAGUCUUUUUUUUUUUUUUUUCUCCUCCUCCUCUUGUGCUCAGUCGCCCUGUUUUUGAGGUCUCUUUUCUCCUUUAUACCAUGGCUCACAACUUAUUUUGGGGGGAAAUACCUUGAGCAGAAUUCAGUGGGAAAAGAAUCUCUACCCCUUUCUGUUCCAAAUUCAUUUUUAUCCCUUCCUGUCUCAACAAAAACUUUAUGGAAUCAACACCACCAUGCUCUGUGGGAAAAAAGAAAAACCUUCUGCUCCCUUAGCUCUGCUGGAAGCUGGAGGGUGCUAGGUCCCUGUGUAGUAGUGCAUAGAAUUCUAGUUUUUCUCCUCCUUUCUCUGUAUACUGGGCUCAGAGAUUACACUGUGUCUCUAUGUGAAUAUGGACAGUUAGCAUUUACCAACAUGCAUCUGUCUACUUUCUCUUGUUUAAAAAAAGAAAAAAAAAAC